AUGAAAGAAACGUUGAUCAAAGAAGAACCAAUUCAGUCAACAUCUACAAGUGAGCCUACAAAUGGUGUACAACCCGUUGACAAAACAACAUCUCCUGAAAACCCAGUAACCCAGUAUUCAAAACGUCUAGUUGAGAAGAAUGGAACAAGUAAUGUUCUUCCAAAAGCUACCUCCUCCAGACGUAAUCGAUUUUUGAGUGAUAUUUUCACGACUCUUUCAGACAUGAGAUGGAGGUACUGUUUAAUUAUGUUUGUGCUUGCUUAUCUUUCUACAUGGACAGCGUUCUCGGUGGUAUAUUGGUUUAUAGCUUAUGUUCACGAAGAUACCGUGAAUAUAGACAACGCUGAUUGGGAUCCCUGCAUAUCAAACGUUCAAAAUUUUGUUAGUGCUUUUUUAUUUUCUGUUGAAACUCAGCACACGAUUGGGUACGGGUCGAGGGCGAUGAAAGAAACAUGUUACGAAGCCAUAGCAACCUACAUGGUUCAGUCUUGCGCCAGUGUUCUUAUCAACAGCCUUUUUUGUGGCCUAGUUUUUGCCAAACUGAUGAGUCCUAGGUAUCGAUCUAAGUCAAUAAGAUUCAGUAGGCAAGCUGUCAUAUCAUUUCACAAUGACGUCGGAUAUUUAAUUUUCAGGGUCAUCGAUUUCAAAAAAUCUAAUUUAGUUGAUUGUAUGAUUAAAGCGGUUCUUAUACGCGAUAGAGUGACUAAGGAAGGAGAGUUUAUACCUUUCAGUAACAGAAACUUGAGACUACAUGUUGAGAAAACUAACAGCAAAGCCUGCUUUUUAGUUUGGCCGGUGAACGUCAUACACACGAUUGAUGAGCACAGUCCUUUAUUUGGAUUGAGUCCACGUGAGCUGCAAGAGGAAUACUUGGAGAUCAUCGUCGUCUUAGAAGGCCUGGUAGAAAACAGUGGAAAACUACUUCAAGUUCGUACGUCGUACGUAUCUCAUGAAAUAAUAUGGGGAGCUUCGUUUUCCACUAUGCUGAAUUUUAACAUGGCAACCAACCAAUACGAAAUGGAUUUUGCUAAAUUUGAUGAGAUCAUCCUAACUCUUCCGCUGCCUUCCAUCAGCCAAUCAAAAAAUUCGCAAAUUUUUCGCCGAUCCGGAAAAUCUGACCGAAAAAGUAUUCUGGAGGAGAAAAAUGCGGCUGAUGAGACGAACUGCGACUCACGAGCCCUCGAUAAAUCCUCUUAUACGGACAAACGUUUUUCAUGCGUCUCAGGUGAGCACAAAAUGCAAAAAAUAAAAAAAUAUUUACUCAGGCGAAAAACGGAUGCAUUUUAAUUAUAAUUAUAUCAUGUGGCAAUUUAUAGCUCUUGUCAGAUUUGAUAUUUUUCAAAUUUUUGUACUUACCACGUUUGUACAUAGUCAUUUACGUUGGGUUCGUGUUUUUGUACGAUUACUGCUUUUCAUAUUCUUCAUUUUUGUAUUUUAAAUUAAAAACAAAAGAACUAAUUUAACGAUUAAAAAUGCCUUGAAGUCAUGCAUAGUUGAUAAUGUAAAAGUUAAAUAAUGCUUUCAUUCUACAUGUUCUCUAUUAUGCAUUCUUCCUCAUGUCUGUCAAUUU